GAGAAAUCAGCUUUUUACGCCCUAAUAUUUAUUGUGUCAUCGUCAUCAACAUGAGAAACAUCGAAAGAAGGAGCAGUACUGCUGAUUAUCGGUAUACACGUCAGAUGACAUGUUUAGAAUUAGUUAAUAAUUAUAUGUGAACUUAAUGACAUAACGGCCGGCCGGUAAAUCUAACCGGUUACGGUGUUUGAGUGACAAAGACUUGAAAUAAUAAUAGUUUAACAACAAUAUUACUACUAAUAUCCACUCAUCAUACUGGUGCCGCAUAGUUUAAGUAUUUUAUUUCACAGAAAUCAGCUGUUUAUAUUUUUGUGUAUAAGUACACUCUAGUAAUAAUUAGUCAGUUAAUGAUAAGAAAGGUGAUAAUAUUAAUAAGUAAAGGACAUUUGUCUCGGAAGUGACGUGAGCUUAAGCCUGAAGGUUUAUUCGGGCCUGGAAGUAGCCGUUAAUGUUAUUAUCAUUUAAAAUACCAUAUUAGAUUAUUACCACUACAGUACCGGGAUGACAACUAAGGAGUUGUACACAAAGGGUGCUCGGGUCUGGAUGCCUGAUGCAGAGCUGGUGUGGAAAGGAGCUGAAGUUGUUAAAGACUUUGAUAAUAAACAAAUAGUUGUUGAAUAUGAAGAUGGUGAGAGAGAAACACUAAAAAUUGAUACUCCUGAAAAAUUGCCACCUCUCAGAAAUCCUGAAAUUCUUGUUGGUGAGAAUGAUUUAACAUCACUCUCCUAUUUACAUGAGCCAGCAGUACUCUACAAUCUGCAAGUUAGAUUCUGUAACCAAAAUGUUAUCUACACCUAUUGUGGCAUUGUGCUUGUGGCAAUUAAUCCAUAUGAAGACUUACCUAUUUAUGGAAAUGACACAAUAUUUGCUUAUCGAGGACAAGCCAUGGGAGAUCUGGAUCCUCAUAUAUUUGCUGUAUCAGAAGAAGCUUUUACAAAAAUGGAAAGAGAAAAUGAAAACCAAUCUAUAAUUGUGAGUGGAGAAUCUGGAGCUGGAAAAACAGUGUCAGCUAAGUAUGCCAUGCGGUACUUUGCAACAGUUGGGGGAUCAUCUACAGAGACACAAAUUGAAAAGAAAGUUUUAGCUUCUAAUCCAAUUAUGGAGGCUAUUGGUAAUGCUAAAACAACGAGGAAUGAUAACAGCUCUAGAUUUGGAAAGUAUAUUGAGAUUGAUUUCAAUAAUAAAUAUCACAUUAUGGGAGCCAACAUGAGAACCUAUCUUUUGGAGAAGUCUCGAGUUGUUUUUCAAGCACCUGAAGAAAGGAACUACCAUAUAUUUUAUCAGCUUUGUGCAUCUGCAGACUUGGAAGAGCUUCAAGAAUUCCAGCUAGACCAUCAAGACAACUUUUACUACACAAGUCAAGGAAAUUCGCCCACGAUAAAUGGAGUUGAUGAUGCCCAGUGCUUUCAGGAAACUCGAAAUGCACUAUAUCUUUUAGGUAUCUCUGAAAAACAACAGUUAAUGAUAUUCCGCAUCCUAGCAGCUAUACUUCAUUUGGGAAAUGUCCAACUCUUAAGUGGUGGUGAUUCUCAAGAAGAUACAGAAAGUUCUUUAAUUCCUGAGGAAGAUCCUCAUAUUCUUAUAAUGUCAGAACUUUUAGGGAUUGACUGUGAUCAGAUGAAGACAUGGAUUUGUAAUCGCAAGAUACAGAGUAUGAGGGAAGUUUUCACAAAACCUUUAUCAGCAGAGCAGGCUUUAUUCGCCAGAGAUGCUCUUGCAAAGCACAUUUAUGCUCAUUUAUUCGACUGGAUUGUGUCUCAUAUUAAUAGGUGCCUGGCAGCAACACAGAAGCACCAUAAAUUCAUUGGUGUAUUAGAUAUUUAUGGGUUUGAAACCUUUGAAAUAAACAGUUUUGAACAGUUUUGCAUAAAUUAUGCUAAUGAAAAGCUACAGCAACAGUUUAAUUUGCAUGUGUUCAAACUAGAACAAGAGGAAUAUGUACGAGAACAGAUAGAGUGGAAAUUUAUUGAUUUCUAUGACAACCAACCAUGUAUAGACUUAAUUGAAAGUAAACUAGGUAUCCUGGAUCUUCUAGAUGAAGAAUGUAGAAUGCCAAAAGGUUCAGAUGGAACUUGGUGCAACAAAUUGUAUGACAAGUGUAAAAAGUGGAAACAUUUUGAAAAACCUCGAUUGUCAAAUAUAUCAUUUAUAAUUCACCAUUUUGCAGACCAUGUUAAAUAUGAAUCUGCAGGGUUUCUUGAGAAGAACAGGGACACAGUUAUGGCAGAACACAUCAAUAUCUUGAAAGCUAGUCAUUUUGAAUUAGUGGCAGAACUUUUUGAAGAAGAGAAUAAAAAUAAGAAAUUAAAACCGGUUGCUCAAGUUAGAUCUGCAGCACCAUCAGCUAAACCAUCUGACAAGCAGCACAAAAAAACUGUGGGAUCUCAGUUUCGAGAUUCGCUUGCAUUACUGAUGAGUACCUUGAACUCCACUACUCCCCACUAUGUCCGCUGUAUUAAACCAAAUGAUGAAAAAUUAGCAUUUACUUUUGAACCUCAUCGUGCAGUGCAACAGCUGAGAGCUUGUGGUGUUUUAGAAACUAUUCGUAUUAGUGCAGCUGGAUACCCAUCAAGAUGGACUUAUCAGGACUUCUUAAGGAGGUAUCGGGUCUUAGCAAAGUCUAAAGAUAUUAAACGAACAAAUAUGAAAGCAACCUGUCAGAAAAUUUUAGAAAAUGUGAUCAAGCAACAUGAUAUGUUUGGGAAAACAGAAGAAGACAAAUUUCAGUUUGGAAAAACAAAGAUUUUUUUUAGAGCUGGUCAAGUAGCAUAUCUGGAGAAAUUGCGAGCAGAUAAGCUCAAAGCAUGUGCUAUAAUUGUCCAGAAACAUAUACGUGGCUGGUUGCAACGAUACCAUUAUCUUCAGAUAAGAAAGGCAGCCAUAGGAAUUCAGAGAUAUGCACGAGGUCUUCUUGCUAGAAGGCUGGCAGAAUUCCUGCGACGAACAUGGGCUGCUACUGUGAUCCAGAAAUAUGUCCGAGGUUUUAUUGGGCGGAGGAGAUACCAAAGGCUUCGUUACACUGCACUCAGAAUUCAAACACAUGCACGAGGAAUGUGGGCAAGACAGAAAUUCCAGGAGAUGCGACGUAAUGCAGCAGCUGUUAUCAUACAGAAACAUGUGCGUGGCUGGCUGGCAAGGAAACGGUAUGAUAACACUAUAAAACGUAUCAUUACUGUCCAGUCAUGUAUUCGGCGGUGGUUUGCUAGGCGGGAGCUGAAGAAAUUAAAGAUUGAAGCUAAAUCUGUAGAACACAUGAAGAAACUGAACAAGGGAUUAGAGAACAAGAUCAUUUCUCUACAGCAGAAAAUUGAAGAACUGGCUCGAGAAAAUAAAACUUUGAAAGUAAAAGGAGAGGAUAUAAAGGGGUUGACAUCUCAAGUGGAGCAAGCGCGUGUGAUGGAAAAGGAACUAAAGACAUCCAACAACCGAAUUGUUGAGCUGGAGGAAGAAAUCAAAGCCAUGUGUUCAGAACUAGAACACAUACGUGGAGAGAAACAAGACCUAUUGUCAGAGAAGGAACUGCUACAGAAAGAAAAAGAGGAGACUGUGUCAAGGUUAAACCAAGAAAAUAUUAAAUUAAAAGAAGAUGUGGAUAGGCUAAAUGAAGUAGUCAAGGAAAAUGAGUAUGGUGUAGAUGACCUGCUGAAGACAAAGGUGGAACAUGAAAAACGAUUGAUUAUUAGUGAGUUUGAUGCUGAGCGAGCUGCCUAUCAGAAACUUUUAAAUGACUAUGCUCGUUUAGAGCAGCGGCAUGAAAACCUUCAGAAUGAGAUGCAGCGUGUUAGAGGAGUCACUCUUGCCCAUCACAGAACACCAUCAGAUGUUAGUCUGUUGAGUAUCCGUAGUGACACAACAGAGGUGGUGCGAGAUGAAAACUUAGACGAGGACACUGGCUAUGACUCUGUUCGGUCAAAAGACAGAGAUAUUUCUCACCUUAAACUAGACAUAAUCAAUUGGGAACAAAGUAGUGCCACCAGUAAAGAAACAAGUCCAGGAGAAGAGGACAGAAAGGAGGACAUAGAAUGCCACAAAGAAGAAGUAGAUGUUUCUCUGUUGCUGAAGCUGCAACAGAAGCUACGUGAAGCACAAAGUGAGAAAGCUCGACUUGAGAAAAAGCUGGAAGCUCUUGAGGAAGAGCCAUCAAAGGGGGAAAGCCAAGAAAAAAGUUUAAUAAGAUUGCAAGAAUUAGAAAUGGAAAAUGCAAAAUUGAAGGAUAACUUGAACAAACUGAGAAGAGCAGCAUCUUCCCCAGACAGUGGUGGAGCAGAAUUAAUGGACCAAAUGCAAGCACUUCAGGAUGAACUUGAGCGACGUAGGGAAGAAUGCAUUCAGUUACGAUCAAUUUUGGCAAACCAGAGAGAGGAUCUGAAAUCAUCUGCUUAUGAUUCUUACAGCAGUGAUGUGGACAUAAUUAAUGAGGAUGGAGAGUUGUUAAUGGCUUUCGAAACUCAGAAGAAACUAAUAAGACAACUUGAGGCAGAACUUCAGGCAGAAAAACUGAAAACUAAAAGUGUCGAACAAGAACUUCGUCAUGAAAUUCAAGUUCUACAAGAAGACAAUGAUCGUCAACAAAAACUUUUAAGUCAGAACUUGAAGAAAACACCUCAGGCCCAGACAGAAGCUAUCCUUCAGCAUGAAAUCAACAGGUUAACAGGAGAAAAUGUGGACCUUCGUGAAAAAAACGAUAAUUUGUCAGAACAAAUCAAGAAGUUUAAACGGCAAAUCAAGAUAUACGCUAAGAGACUAAAAGAUGGAGGAGGUUCAGAACAGCCCAGUGACAUGGGAGAUACAUCAAGAGAGCAUCAUGAAAAUAUGCCUAUGGUCAAACACAAAGAAACAGAGUAUCUUGGAAUGGUUGAGUACAAGAAAGAAGAUGAGCCUUCAAUUAUUAAAGGAUUAAUCUAUGAGUUAAGACCAAAAAUAGCAGUUACCCUGCUGCCAGGCCUGCCUGCAUAUAUUUUGUUCAUGUGUAUUCGUUACACAGAUUAUAUUAAUGAUGAUGAGAAGGUCCGUAGUCUUCUAAACAAUACUAUUUAUGGAAUUAAACGGGUAAUUAAGAAACGUCAUGAAGAUCUUGAAUACACAACAUUAUGGUUAGCUAAUACUUGUCGCCUUCUGCACAACUUUAAACAAUACAGUGGAGACAAGGCAUUUCAGGCAGAAAAUAGUUCUAAGCAGAACGAGCAAUGUUUACGUAACUUUGAUCUGUCAGAAUACAGACAAGUCCUUAGUGACGUGGCUGUCUGGAUCUACCAAGCUGUCAUUAAAAUCAUGGAAGAAAGAGUUCAGCCUCUUAUUGUCCCAGCUGUUUUGGAGCAUGAAGCUAUCCCAGGUAUCUCUGGUAAUAAACCUUUAGGAAUGAGAGGACGAACAUCUAGUCUUUCUAGAGAGCUUGAGUCGCCUGUUGAUCCUGAAAGAGCUUUAGAUACUUUACAAAGAGAGAUGAACACAUUUUUCAAAGUACUAAACCUUCAUGGUGUGGACCCAGAAUUGAUAACACAAGUAUUUAAACAGCUGUUCUAUUUCAUUUGUGCGGGUGCUCUGAACAACUUGUUGUUAAGGAAAGAUAUGUGUCACUGGUCGAAAGGCAUGCAGAUUAGAUAUAACCUGAGCCAUUUAGAACAGUGGUGUCGAGACCAGAAAAUGCAACAUUCUGAGGUCACAGAGACACUCCAACCAAUAGUUCAGGCAUCACAGUUGUUACAAGCUCGAAAGACAGACGAUGAUGUUCAGAGUAUCUGUGACAUGUGUGACAAGCUGACAACAUCACAGAUCAUCAAAAUCCUAAACUUGUACACUCCGGCUGAUGAUUUUGAGGAAAGGGUUCCCAUUUCCUUUAUUCGUAAAAUACAAGAAUGUCUGCAAGCACGUGAUCAAGUGUCUGAUGAGACAAAACAAGUGCAGCCUGCUGGCAAGGCAACUCUACUAUUAGACACCAAGUAUGCUUUCCCUAUUAGGUUUCCAUUUAAUCCAUCUAGCGUAAGGCUUGAAGAUGUGGUCAUUCCCGAAGCUCUGAACCUGUCCAUGUUGAAAAAGGUUUAGCAAGGGACUAUUGUGGUUAGUUAGAGCCUAAUGAAGUUGUACAGAAAGGUGUCACUAAUGUAACAUAGCUAGAUAAUGUGUGUGUGUGUAUUUAUAUAUAUGUAUUACUCUCUUCUUUGUUUUAUGGUUAUGUUUAAAAGAAAACAGCAUCACUUUAUCACUUUUUUUACUGUUUAAAAUUUUUGCUUAUAGUACUUAAUCCAUUUUAGAGAGUGCAAUACUUACACUCUUCAAACUAGUUGAUGACAUGAGUAUAGGAUAUAUAUGCUAUUUUGCCAUGGUUGAUUUCGGCAGCAUAAUUUUGGUUGAUAUCUGUCUUAACAUUUUGUGCCAAAGCACUCAGUUCUAUUGUAGCUGCUUGCACUUUCAGUUACCCCAUCAUUAGAGAAAUGUGGAUGUUAUUUGUUUAUUUAUCAAACUCCAUAGAACUUUUGAAUUGAUUGCUAAUUCGAGCAUAAUUUGAUGUGAUAGAACGAUUUCUAUUGUAAAGGGACUGAAAACUUAAAUUAUACAUUAGUGCAUUAGGCAAGAAUGGUUUUGAUGGAAAACAGUCAAACUAAUUUCUGGCAUUAGUUCUUAACUCUUUAAUUUCAGUUUGUCAUUUCAUCAAUAAGUUGCAUAAUAAUUUUAGAGGAAGGUAGAAAUACAUGAUUUGGUAAAAUUAAAAAAAGGAGUUAUGCUCUAUUUUGUUCACUGAAGAUUUACUUGUGAGAAGAUAAAACGUAAGAAUACUUUAUGUUUUUAUUAAAUAUAAACAUUUAAUUCACAAUAAAAUGACCUUUAUUGACACUUUAUGAUAAAAAGUUGGCAAAAAUAUAAGUUUCUAAUACUACCUGAUUUUUGUUCUGAAUAUCUUUUACAUUGUUUGUCUAUAGCUUUGUGUAGUAGUCACAAUUUUUGUUUAUUAGUUGUGGUGCUGUAUUUAUUGUUAUAACAAACAAACUUAUAUUUAGAUAUUUCAGUCCUUGUCACUAAUUAUGUCUUUAUUAGAGUAACAAGUUUACUAUUUACAUUCCUUUGAUUUCUAGUACAUUUAUGGCCAAGAAAUGGGCAUUGUACUAGAAUUCUACCCUUAACAAAAGAAUUUCAAUACAAAAAAAUUUUAUUAACUUGUACACAAGAUAGUUUUUUCUUUGUGCACUCAUAACUUCAUUUGUGAUUAAUAAAGUAAUAUUAUUAUGUAAUGAUAUUCUAAUUUCAUAGGCAUGACCUGUUAUUUACUUUCAAGUUCAUUUGUUUUGUUUUAAAUGAAUUAAUUUAUAAAAAAAGAAAUACACCAUUCCAAAAAUGUUAAGUAAUUUUUUUUUAUUUAUAUGUUAUGUUUUCUAAAGUUUUUGUAAAUGGAAGGUUUGUUCAUAAUAAAUUAGUGAUAAUCUAUUGAAGAUAUUUAUUCCAGAUAUGCUUUUCCUUGUGAUUUUUCUAAUUUUAUGUGGUGGGAUAUGAUUGUAAAUUAACCUUAAUUUUUGAUUCAAGUAAGCCAUUUUAAUUUCCUUGGUUUUUAUAGACUGCUUGAUACAAAAGAUUGAAUAGCUAGCUACUAGAAAAAAUGUUUUGGUUUCUUUACAUCUUUUACCAACUCUUUUUAACAUUCCAACAAAUUUCAGUGAUAUCCAGGAUCUAAUUGUAGGAUAAAAUAGACCCAAAUAGAUUGUGUAAUUAUUACAGAAUGAAUGUAUGUUUGUUUCUCCAAGGAAGCUGGUAAUGUGGUUUACUGCCAUAAGCAGAAAGACUAAUAUUUCAUAAAUAUGUUCUUAUUACCAAACAUUAGCUAUGCCCCUCUUUGUUUUCUUUGACACCUGUAAUAAAAGUUUUUCUCUUUUAAGAUAAAAGAUUGAAACUUAUAUAUGUAAAUCCAAAGUGUAUAAUAACGUAAGGAAGGAUUUUUCUGCCUGAGCAUGUGGAAACUAAACAGUAUGUAUGGAAACUUGCCGAAGAGCUGUCAUCUUCACAAACCUAGACAACUAUUUUACAUAUACAGCCUAGAUUAGGUGGUAAUAUGUUAACAUUAUUAUAAUUUAGAUAACUCCACUUUUCUCUGUGAGUGAAUUUUGUUAUUUUAACUUAAUUUCCUAACAGCCAGUGGAUGCUUUAUAUAAACUAGAUUUUACAGUAGUGUGAAACGUGUAACUUGCCUUUUUUAUCAUCUUGUGGCUUCCUUCUGUGGUAUUACAUGUGUUUUUAAAAUGUGAUUGUAGAUUAUUAGCUGCAUGAUGUAUGUAGGACAUGAAAAAGUCAUUCUACUGAACUUCCUGAAGAAGUAUAGAAACAGCAUUAAAACCUGUACGUUAUUCUCACAUUGACAAAAUUCAAAAAUAAAAAGUUUAUUAUCUUAAA